AUGGCCGAGUCGGCCCUCAACGACCAGCACCUUGCGGCCGGUGACACGGACGAGCAGGAGAAAGGCCAGCAGGAUCAGAAGUGCGAGUAUUCCCUACAGAGCACCAUUGCUGCCUUCUCAGCAAGAUGGCUACCCGUCACCUCUCCCGGCGCUCCACCAGGGUUCGAUCACUGUGCCGUGGUACGAGCGCUUUGGAGAUACGCUCGGAGGGACAUGCUUCGAAUCAUCAACCGGCCGUCCUACCGAUCCAUGUUGUCUUUGUUUCUCUUUGCCUUGACGCCCAUCCCAUCCGGUAUUUCGGAGGAGGAGGAGGCGGACGGCAUUUCGGGCCAAGCUUGCGUCCACGCGGCGCUGCAGCAGGUGCAAACCCUGAGAGCGAGGCAAAGAUACCUCCAAUUCAAUGGCUCCAAAGUUUCUCCGUUGCUGGAAAGCCAGGGGAGGAUGCCCGCGACGACCGAAGACGCGAUGGAUACGUCCGGAUUCAUCAAUGCCGAGAGCACCGCGUACUGGGCGGCACUGACGUUUGACACCUCUGCGUCGCUAACCCUGAACUGCAGGCCGCUGCUCUCUUCGGGCCUGUUCGGCUUCGAGCAUGAGCUCCCCUGGCGGCUAGUCAGGACGUGUUCCAAGGUGUUUAGGGAAACCGCGGAUGGUUGGCGUCGAGAAAACGUUGAGAUCAACGACGAGAGGGCGAACCAGAUCAUCGCCGCCGGAGCCUCUUGGAAACUCCUUGGAUGGAAGUUAACGGCCAUCUUCAAGGAGGCUGUCAGAGAUGGCCAUAGUGAGUCUGAGGUGCGCAGGGCGUUCACGGCUGUCCUCGACUCGAUUAGGGAGUUCAACGCCAUAUAUCGUCAGCCUCUCGACGAAUGCCACAAACGCUUGCAAUUCCUCGGUCAACAGACGAAACUGCGCUGGUUCUCCCUCAUGCUUCAUUAUCAUCUCAGCAUCCUCAUGCUAGUCGACGUCAUCGAGGCCACAGAUCGCCACGAUCUGCUCGCGGAUCUAGCAGAGAUAAGCAGCAAUACGGAAAUCACAGUGAUGAACACCCUAGCCUUUGGCCUCCACACGACGGUGAUUCUGAAGCGAGACUCCGAUUCGGAGAUGGCGCUCGUCGGUAGUCCGACUCGCACAGUCCCUCUGCUGUCGAUCGACCCGUAUCCGCACCAUGUUGUGGCGGGCGUACAACUGAUGCGCAAAGCUAUCGAUCGCGACUUUGGCGUCGGGAAAAUCACCGAGGAGACAUAUCGGAGCCUUUUGUCGACGCUGGAGCUCACUUUGAGUCACCUGCCGCAGAGCUCGAAAUCUGUGCAGGCCGCUAGAGUCAAGUUCUCUUCCACUAUGCCAGACCGCAUUUGCCUGCAGAGCUAA